GCUGUGAGACGCUGCAACCAUGGCUGCUAUUGGAUCUUACCGUAUGGUGUCAGAGGAGGAGCAGGCCAUGAGGUCUAAGCUGGAGAAUUUGACAGUGAAGGAUCAUGGGCCAGUGUUUGGGCCGUGCCACAAACUGCCUGCACACACUGUGCAAAAGGCGAAGGAUGAGCUGAGUGAGACAGAUGAGAGGCGGGCGUCGACGCUGAAGGACCUGCGAGUCAUGAUGAAGGAGAGAGCAGCGGAGGGAGACGAUUUGGCCAAACUGGUGCUGGAGCACUUUGGGGACAAACCGGACUCUCUGAUCCUGCGUUUCCUCAGAGCUCGCAAGUUUGAGGUUGUCAGAGCCCACGAGCUCAUGAAGGGUUAUGUGCGCUUCAGGAAGGAGUAUCCCGAGCUGUUUGAGAAUCUGACCCCAGAGGCAGUCCGCAGCACCAUCGAGGCGGGUUACCCUGUGGUACUGCCCAGCAGGGACAAGUAUGGCCACGUAGUCCUGCUCUUCAACAUCGAAAACUGGGACCUGGAGGAGAUCACGUUCGAUGAGAUCUUAAGAGCGUACUGUGUGAUCCUGGAGAAGUUGCUGGAGAAUGAGGAAACCCAGAUCAAUGGCUUUGUCCUGAUUGAGAAUUUCAAAGGCUUCACCAUGCAACACGCCUCAGGAAUAAAGCCGACUGAGCUCAAGAAGAUGGUGGACAUGAUGCAGGACUCUUUCCCUGCGCGUUUCAAGGCGGUCCACGUUACUCACCAGCCCUGGUACUUCACCACCACAUACAACGUGGUCAAACCCUUCAUGAAGAGCAAGCUGCUGGAGAGGGUCUUUGUUCACGGCGACGAGAUGGACAACUACUUCAAAGAAUUCGACGCAGACAUCCUGCCAGCAGAUUUUGAUGGGAAAGCCUCUGUUGCAGACUGCCAGGCUAUCGCCACCAAGCUUUUUGGAUCUGAAGACACUGCUCUCUGA